AUGUCCACCGUGUUUGUCGGCAGCAGCAGGCAUCGACACCUAGACGAUGAGCUGGCCUCAAACGGCUCCUCGAUCUCGCUGGACGAGCAGGCCGAAGCCCUCCUCAAGCCGCCGGAGAAGAAAGCCGAUGCUGCGAGCGCUUCACCGCAGGAUGUGCCACCCUUGGGCCUGCCCCAUCACGAGAAGAGGUUCUGGUUCCAAAGAGGUGAAGCAUACGAUCCUCACGCAAUCGCAACUCAGGCAAGCGUGUUUGAUAAUCCGGACACCGCGAGGGAGUAUCUGCCUCGGCCAGAUUGGCAAGCAGCGUCGUCAAGGGAAAAUCUGCACCGUUUCGACCCGUCUGCGCGAUGGACCUGGGGCGAAGAGUACAAGAUGAUUCGCAAGAUCGAUGCGCGCAUCAUGGUCUUUGCGUGCAUCAUGUUCAUGGCCCUAGAACUUGAUCGCGCGAACAUCACGCAGGCUUUGACCGACAACUUCCUCCAGGACCUCCAUUUGACGACAAACGACUACAAUCUCGGCAACACGAUCUUCAAACUUUCCUUCCUCUGCGCUGAGGUGCCGUCUCAACUGGUGUCGAAAUGGGUUGGUCCCGACCGCUGGAUCCCCAUGCAGAUGGUCCUGUGGUCCAUGGUCGCUGUGACCCAAUUCUGGCUCCAAGGGCGCACCUCGUUCCUCGUCUGUCGCUGUCUAUUGGGGAUCUUACAAGGGGGCUUCAUCCCAGACGUCAUUCUCUAUCUGUCGUACUUCUACAAGCACCACGAGCUGUCGUUGCGGCUGGGCUUCUUCUGGACCGCCAUGAGCUUGGCCGACAUCAUCUCGGGCUUCCUGGCCUACGGCGUCCUGCACAUGAGAGGCGUGCAGCGGCAGUCUGGAUGGCGGUGGUUGUUCCUGAUCGAGGGACUAUUGACUAUGUCCGUCGGCCUGUUGGCGUUUGGACUGAUGCCUGCAUCUCCAACGCAGACUGCAAGCUGGCUCCGGGGGAGGAAUGGAUGGUUUACACAGAGGGAGGAGAUCAUCAUGGUCAACAGAGUGAUCCGCGACGACCCCAGCAAGGGAGGGAUGCACAAUCGGCAGGCGAUAACUCCUAGCCUCCUAUGGCAGAGUCUGAAAGAUUUCGACCUCUGGCCACUCUACAUCUUGGGCCUCACGUUCCAGAUCCCCAUGACUCCCGUACAGCAAUAUCUCACACUAUCACUGCGCGGUCUCGGGUUCGAUACAUUCCAGACGAAUCUACUGGCGAUUCCCUAUACCGUCUUCCACAUGAUCAAUAUGAUGCUCUUAACCUACGUGGCCGAGAUCCUGCAAGAGCUCACCUUCACCGCCGUGACGGGCCAGAUCUGGGCGCUGCCGUUCCUAAUCUUUUUCAACAACGUCGACACCUCCAAGAUGAACAAAUGGGCCAUGUGGGCCGUCACGACUCUGCUGCUGAGUUAUCCCAAUGCCCACCCGAUCCAAGUCGGCUGGAACUCGCGCAACUCCAACGCCGUGCACUCGCGCACCGUGUCGGCGGCCAUGUACAACAUGUUUGUGCAGGCCGGGGGUGUUGUAUCCUCCAACGUGUACCGAGAAGACGACGCCCCUUCCUACCGCCGCGGCAACCGCGUUUUGCUGGCAGUCGCCCUGCUCAACAUCGCCCUGUACCUGCUGACCAAGACGUACUACGUGCUCCGCAACCGAUACCGAGAUCGCAAGUGGACGGCCAUGACCGAGACGCAGCAGCUGCAGUACCUCUCGAAAACGCGGGACAGGGGGAAUAAGAGACUGGAUUUCCGGUUCGCGCACUGA